GGCAAAUUCACACUAACGUGGUGAGCUUUCUUCCCGCACACAUUCACACCGGACAUGUUCUAACCGCCGCUUCUGGUAGAAUUCCUAGAGUCUUGCCUUCGCUACCCAGUUACAAGCUUCUAAGCACCGUUGGUACUAGCAUUAGUUGUUCAAACUGCAGUCAUUAUGAGGCCGGACGACGACGAGCCUAACAGCACGACGCUGGUGUCCAUACGGCUCAUAUCGGCGCACAACCUGCACAGAGCCAAGGUCUUCAAACGCAUGAGUCCCUGCGCGGUCGUCUCGGCAUACGGCGACGCUCGCUCCAGCCAAUUCCUACCCCCCGUGAAACACGGCCAUGCGAAUCCCGUCUGGGACACCCUCCUAGAAUUCUCCGUCCCUGACCAUCUCCUGCGCUUAGACGUUCCGUCAGAACCGAAUUCACAGGACGAUAGCCUACCGAAGCCAUUUCCGCACGUAGUAGUCAAGAUUUACGCGUCUGCAUCGUUAAAGACGUCCUUAGGUCGCGCUACGAUACCCCUGGAGCAGGCAAUCCGGCACUACGACCAAACGCACGUCCAUUUCUUUCCUCUGGUGCGGAAAUUCAUCAUCGGAGAAAGCGCGUGCGGAGCCAUUCAAGUGGAAGUGAAGGUUGGACGGACGAGCUUCGCUCCGCGAAAAGGCACGGCGGCUUAUACCGCGUUCGUGCGGACGCGGUCCCCCUUCUGUUACAGUCACAGAGCGCUCGAUACGCUAUCGGCGGCCAGGGCUACGCGGAGAUUGCCGACGACGCCGUGCUGCGCCGAAGCCACGUGUCGUUGCCCGAAUCACCGGAACGGAAAGUUUUCUGGGCAGCCCCCGAGAACUAUUGUGGUGGAGAAUCCUGAUGGGUCGAUUCAGGGAUUUGGAUUCAGACUAUCGUGAGUGGAUUUGAUUGUGUUCUUUUUGCGUUUGUGUUGCUUUCGGUGUAAGCGUGUGUGUGUGUGCUGCUUGGUUUUGGAAUGAAUAUGGCUCAAUGGCCUUGGCGUGAUCACUAUGUGGAAUGAAACAAGUGUAGAUUCGUGUAUUUAACGCCAAAAAUCUACAAUUU